AUGGGAAUUUGCACUUCUCAAAAUGUCUCAGAGAAAUUAGACGAUAAAGAAGAAGAUUAUUUAAAACUUGAUUUUAAUCGAUUUUCUACUUACCAAAAGUUGGAAAAUAUUGCAAACAAUAUCGCAUCAUGUAACAAAUCUCACACAUAUUUAGAAUAACAAAUUGAUAAAAUAUUUUCAUCAUUAAUUUAAAGAAUGAUUGCUUCUCGAUAAACUCAUAUAUUAAAGAUAUUAGACAAUAUUGAAAAUUAAAAAAAGUAGCAGUUUAUGACAAAAUUAGAACGUAUAGAUUUUGAAUUCAUAGAUUCUGUAUAGAAAUUAAAUUACAAUUUUUAGCUAUUUCAUCAUUGUUAUAAAGAAAAUUAGACAGAUGCCUUUUACUCCAACGUUAUUUAAAGCACCAAUUGCUUAGACUAGAAUUUUGAUUUAAUAAAAGAACAAAAAGUUGGAAUAGUGUUAUUAUGUGGAGGUCGCAGUUCUCGAUUACCUGAUAAACUAUUAAGUGAUAUAGGACUUCCAUCUAAGAAAUGUGCAUUGUAAAUAAUGAUGGAAAGACUGAAAAAAAUACUUAUGUUAUGUAAUACUUAUUAUUUAAAUGUUUAAGCUUCUAAAAAUAAAGAUAUUGCUCAUUAUCCAAUUGCAAUUGUUCUUUCAGAUAGAAAUUCGGAGAAGAUUUAAAUGUAUCUUAAAUACUAAGGAGAUUUUGAAUUUUAAUCAAUCUAUUAUAUAAUUGAGAAAUAAUUACCUGUGAUUGAUUAAAAAGGAUAGGUAGUAUUUGAAUAGGAAAAUCAAGCUAUUAUGACACCUGAAGGGACUGGUUCAAUUUUUUUAUAACUCAAUUCAUUCAUAAAUAAAUUUCCAAACAUGGAGUAUCUUCAUUUCUUGGGUUUGGAUAAUCUAGUUGGAUUGCCAUUAGAUCCAUAAAUGCUGAAUCUCAUUUGUAAAUAGAAGGCUGAUGCAUUAUGCAAAGUUAUUGAAACUAAUUCAAUAUUAGACGACAGGAUAUUCUAUUCAAAUAAACAAUUUAAGACUAUGGAAGAAUGGGACUCCACCAUAACAGAAAAUUCAUACAACAUGACUUAAAUGUUACUGAAUGAUUUAUAUCUAUCAGUUUCAUUUCUCAAUAAAAUGAAAUCGAAUCAUGAGAAAGCAUUAAAGCUAAAUUAGAGAUACCACUGUAUAAAGAGAGGAUCUAAUAUUCAAUUUGAAAAACACAUUCAAGAUAUAAUCGAAGUAACUGAUAUAACAAUUUUACAUCAAACAGAAGAUUAUGCCUUGCUAAUUGAUGAUCCAAGAAGAGCAGUGAUCUAGUUGUCCAAUGUACAUAAGAGAUACCUCAAAUUAGAUGGAACUUAAGAAGAAGAUUUAGUUGAAAUCACUCCUUAAAUGAGCUAUUGCGGAGAGGAUUUAAAAAAAAUUGAAAAUGCCACAUACCCCUUGAUUAUAUGA